AGCCCACAGUCAAAUCUGAAGCAAUCCAAAACCGGAAUGGGCAUAUCCCGACGCGGUGCCCCACCCUCUUCUCCCCUAGCUGCAUCUAAGCCCUCCACCGGCAGCCUGGAAGUCGACGGGGAAGUCGACAGCCUGACGACGGAUCCGCCUCCCUCCCUCCCUCCCUCCCUCCCUGCCCCUUUGCCCGUCAUCGAGCCCAGUGGUGGGCGCGUUAGUGUCAUGGCUUUCUACGUAGGCCAGAAUUUGGACUUGGUUUCGGUCGUGCAAGCCAAUUUUCUCUCCCAGCAAGGCUAUAAGAUGAGUGACGAUCUACUGCUGGUCCCCUUGGAGGACAAGGGGGAAAGAAAGCACAGUUCCCAGGAAGGGACGGUAUGGAAGAACGUCCAGAGCGCCUUGGUUGUCUUCAAGCACGGCUCGGUCGUGUUCUUCAACGUGCCGGACGGGGAGCAGGCCAAGUACUUGCACUCCUUGUCCCGGCACUGUGGGGAGGUUGUGCCUCAGUCGCACCGUUUCCGGGAGACGCUCGAGUGCUGGGUGCGCCCGUGGCAGGAGAAAUACCACGUGAUGGGCCAGGAUGUGGUGCAGUUGCGUGAACUCAACGAGGACUCGAUCAAGGUGCUGGCGGACGUAAUAGGGCAUUCCGUGGCGCUGAACUUCUACAACAAGAAAGCGGAUAGGAUGCUGGAGGACUUCCGGGUAUUGAACAACAGCGUGGAGGGCUCGGGCGUCUUCACGGAGAUGGACAAGAAGGAUCUGUUCAAGCUGGUGGCGUUGAACAACAAAAUUUUGACCGACGCCAUGUCCUCCGGGCUUCUAGAACAAUCGAAGCCGGCCUGGAACUUCAACCGGCUGGACGCGCUUUGGAACGACCUCAGGGAUGAGUUCAGCAUCGGGGAGCGGUUUGGCAAAGUCGAACACAAAAUCUCGCACGUGCAAAGCAACACAAAGUUUUUCCUGGAGGUCCUCAAUCACCAGAAAAGCAACAAAUUGGAAUGGAUCAUCAUUGUGCUGAUUGCGGCGGAAAUAGUUUUGUCUUGUAUAGACCUUUACCAUCAGAUUUUGGUCCAGUAAUAGGUGGUGCAAUAGAUUGGAAAAAAGAGAGCGCGCAGGAAAUGCGCCGCAAGAUCAUCGAAUUCACUGCAUUAAAUGCAUCAUUCUUUUUGUGGGAAAGGGUUUGCCUAAUUACAAGUCAACGUCUUAAAGAAAAUGUACAGUGCGAGCACGUUU